CGCCUUUCCCUUGCCCGUCUCUCGCUCGCUCUCUCGCAAUGGAGGGACUCCGCUGGGGCAAAGCUUGCCGGUGCCGGGCACCCGUGGCAGCGGGUAGGUAGACGGCGGGGAAGGAAAUCUGCAAGGCGUGUUCGGGAGGCGUCGAGCCUCGCGCGGGAGGCGGCGGCGGCGCCGUGGCAGCGCUACCUGGCUGGGUUGAUCUGAAGCUUGAGACGCUGCGAUUUGUCCCGGUUCGGUCGCGGAUGGACCUUGCGAAGGAGGCUUCUUCGCUCCAACGUUGGAGCGGCCCCCUCGGGCAGAACAACCCUGUCGUUUGUCGUCGUCGGAGAUUACGAGAAGUUGGGUUUUGGGCUUCCUCGAUUGGAUUACUUGGCUGCUAAGCUAGACGGUUGCCUGAUUCUCUUCUGGCCCCCUCGGUCGUCGUCUCUUCCUCCCUCCCCCUCCUCCCCACAAUGGAGAAGUCCAUGGGAGCAAUAAUGCAAAGUGGAUCUUUGUGGACAGGGGCAAUGACUUCCAAGUACUUUUUGUUGGGUCUGACCAUCUUCUCUUCGCUUCUCCAAAUCAUGAUAGAAGCCAGCUCUUGGUGGUCUCUAGGUAUGAACCACAUGAAUCCUAUGAACCCUGUCCAGAUGCCAGAGGUGUAUAUAAUUGGAGCCCAACCUCUCUGUAGCCAAUUGGCAGGGCUGUCUCAAGGACAAAAGAAACUCUGCCAUUUGUACCAGGAUCACAUGCAAUAUAUUGGAGAGGGUGCAAAGACAGGGAUCAAAGAAUGCCAGUAUCAGUUCCGCCAUAGAAGAUGGAAUUGUAGUACUGUGGAUAAUAACUCUGUCUUUGGCAGAGUCAUGCAGAUAGGCAGCCGGGAAACUGCUUUUACCUAUGCUGUCAGUGCUGCUGGCGUGGUGAAUGCCAUGAGCCGGGCCUGCCGAGAGGGAGAGCUCUCUUCCUGUGGCUGCAGUAGGGCUGCCCGGCCAAAAGAUCUACCUCGGGACUGGCUGUGGGGGGGCUGUGGAGAUAACGUUGAUUAUGGCUACCGUUUUGCCAAGGAAUUUGUGGAUGCCCGUGAGCGAGAGCGGAUCUAUCAGAAAGGAUCUUACGAGAGCGCUAGAAUUUUGAUGAACAUACAUAACAAUGAGGCAGGAAGAAGAACAGUGUAUAACUUGGCAGAUGUAGCCUGCAAAUGCCACGGUGUGUCUGGAUCAUGCAGCUUAAAGACCUGUUGGCUGCAGUUGGCUGACUUUCGCAAGGUGGGCGAUGCUCUGAAGGAAAAAUACGACAGUGCUGCCGCUAUGAAGCUCAAUCUCCGUGGCAAACUGGUUCAGGUGAACAGCCGCUUCAAUGCACCAACUAUUUAUGACCUGGUGUACAUUGACCCUAGUCCUGAUUACUGCGUGCGCAACGAGAGCACUGGGUCUCUGGGCACCCAGGGGCGACUCUGCAAUAAGACUUCAGAAGGCAUGGAUGGCUGUGAACUUAUGUGCUGCGGCCGGGGCUAUGACCAGUUCAAGACCGUGCAGACAGAACGCUGCCAUUGCAAGUUCCAUUGGUGCUGCUACGUGAAAUGCAAGAAAUGCACAGAGAUUGUGGACCAAUUUGUCUGCAAAUAAGUGGGUGGGGUGGGACAAUCUCUUCCAGUCCACCAGCAGGGUUGGUUGCCUUAAAUGAUCUCAGUUCUUAUUUAUAGUGCCCAAUGGGUUGCUUCCCUUGUUUAUAUGUUAAAUCUUUUGCAAAGAGAAAUGAUGGGGAAAUCUUGUUACAUCCAGCUCUGAUUGUGCAUAGUUUUAUAUAUAUAUAUAUUUUUUGCAAUAAUUGGGGGGGGGGGAGAAGUGACAGAAUAUUUAUUUGCAUAAUUGGGAUUAAGAUUUAACAAUAGCAAUGAAAAUAGGAUAGCUUAAAAGGAUAUCCAUUCUAUCCCAAAACAGUCACAAGAAACAUGGUAUAAAUGCAGUAGAUGAGGUAUUUGUGUCACAUGCUUUUUAGAUCAGAGCAUGGCUGGACUUGGUAAUAUAAAAAAAUAUGGACAUGGCUUUUGUUCAUAAGGUUAGUGAUCAAAAAACAAUAAAAAUAAAAAUGUUCUAAUGAUAAUGAUUAGUUUAUCUGUAAAAUUUUAGCACAACGUUCUUCAAACUUAUUUGCCUAACCACCUGCAGGGAUGGGUAAAAGCAUAAGGUCCCUAAACUACAGUUGUGCUGCUAGGUAACUUCAAAAAAUCCAUUAAAUUGAGAGGUUUUUUUUCAUUCUUGGCUUACAUAUGAACAUGCACUGAGUGAGGCCUGUGCAUGUAAAGAUGCUAGGAAGGAAACACGUAGUUCUUUCACCAUCAUUCACAUAAUGCAUUUCUCAGAAGAUACAGUAUUUGAAUUAGCAAAUACCAUUUCUUAAAAAUUACGAACAAAAUCAAAAGGAAGAAAGCCUGACUUUACUCAUUGUAGAUCAAAGCAAUAUUUGGAAUACUGCAAGUUGCAGUAAAAUAAGCACGUCUCAUGCAUGUUUAGACAGCCUUCUGCCUUAGUUUAAAUAAUAUUAAUGAGUUAACUUUGGGAUUUCCUGAAGUGUGUGCGCUAAAUAAUGCUGGAAACUGAUUCUGUAUUGUGCAUUACAAAAACAUGAUUCUUUAUUUUUAAAGUGCUAUGGGUAGUAGUUCGUUUCUUUUCAGAAAUGGAAGUUGGCUGAUAGCAUUGUGGAAUUGAGAACUCUUGGCUGUCCUGUACAGCAGCUUGAUAAAAAUGGGCAGCGUGGCAAGCAAUAUCCUCUUCAUCAUCCUGUGCUACCUUUGUUUGUUUUAAUGCACAAUGCUUUAAAAAUAUAAUGGCUAUGCACAAACUGCUCAGACUAUAUUUGAGCAGUUACUUGUAUAUGGGAAAACUCUGGUCUGUUGGUGUCUAGUAUCUCAAACCUUUUCUCAUACAUAUAUGUUGUCAGUACAAACUACAAACCAAUGAUUUCUUUAAGAAAAAAAA